AUGUUCAGUCUAGUAAUACUCCAGUCCUGUGAUGCAGAGGUACCCAGCCUACAGAGUAGUGUGACGCUGGGGAUGUGUCCAGUCUACUCCAGUCCUGUGAUACAGAGGUACCUACAGAGUAGUGUGAAGCUGAGGAUGUGUUCAGUCUACUCCAGUCCUGUGAUACAGAGUUACCUACAGAGUAGUGUGACGCUGAGGAUGUAUCCAGUCUACUCCAGUCCUGUGAUACAGAGGUACCUACUGAGUAGUGUGACGCUGGGGAUGUGUCCAGUCUACUCCAGUCCUGUGAUACAGAGUUACCUACAGAGUAGUGUGACGCUGAGGAUGUGUCCAGUCGACUCCAGUCCUGCGAUAAAGAGGUACCUACAGAGUAGUGUGACGCUAAGGAUGUGUCCAGUCUACUCCAGUCCUGUAAUACAGAGGUACCUACAGAGUAGUGUGACGCUGAGGAUGCGUCCAGUCUACUCCAGUCCUGCGAUAAAGAGGUACCUACAGAGUAGUGUGACGCUGAGGAUGUAUCCAGUCUACUCCAGUCCUGUGAUACAGAGGUACCUACAGAGUAGUGUGACGCUGAGGAUGUGUCCAGUCUACUCCAGUCCUGCGAUAAAGAGGUACCUACAGAGUAGUGUGACGCUAAGGAUGUGUCCAGUCUACUCCAGUCCUGUGAUAUAG